AUGAUAACAAGAUCUAAAGAAACCGUGAAGACUGAAGAUGUGAAUUUGAGUGAGGAAGAAAGAACUGAGAAAGAGCAGAGGGAGUUGGUGCCUUUACUAACUGGUGGGAAAUUGAAGUCUUAUCAAUUGAAGGGUGUAAAGUGGUUAAUCUCCUUGUGGCAAAAUGGACUGAAUGGGAUUCUUGUUGAUCAAAUGGGUCUUGGGAAGACAAUCCAAACUAUUGGGCUUCUUUCUCAUCUUAAAUCAAAAGGAUUGGAUGGGCCAUAUAUGAUAAUUGUUCCUCUAUCAACCCUCUCCAACUGGAUGAAUGAGAUAUCUAGGUUUGCACCAUCGCUCCCUGCUGUUAUCUACCACGGUAGUAGGGAUCAGAGAGAUGAAAUCAGAAGGAAACAUAUGCCUAGAACAAUUGGUCCAAAAUUUCCCAUAGUAAUAACUUCUUAUGAGAUUGCAUUGAAUGAUGCUAAGAAAUUUUUCUGGGCAUACCAAUGGAAAUAUCUUGUUGUUGACGAGGGUCACAGGCUAAAAAAUUCACAAUGCAAAUUAGUGAAGAUGUUGAAAUACAUCAGUGUUGAAAAUAAGCUUCUUUUGACUGGGACACCACUCCAGAAUAACUUGGCAGAGCUGUGGUCAUUGCUGAACUUCAUCUUACCUGAUAUUUUCUCAUCUCUUGAAGAAUCUGAGUCAUGGGCGUACUGUGGGGAGUAUUAA